AAUACGAAGCCUGAACAGCAGUUAAGCACAAGUCAACGAAAGUCACCCUAGAUUUAGCAGAGAUGACAAUGACGUCGUGAUGCCUUUUCGAUUUCAAGCCCUCCGUCAAUGUAAUUUCCUUCAGGUAUGGUCGACUCCUCUAUGAUGCCUCAGAUGGGCUACCUAGUAGACUUACGUCAUGUCUCAGUCUACGGGAGUUUCUACGCCAUCGCAGACGUGGCAUUCUGUCUAGGAUAUGCCAUCGGACCGGCUUUGGGGGGUUCUAUCGUCAAGCUUGUUGGCUUCAGGUGGAUGUUAUACGGGAUAGCGAUAGUCAAUCUGAUCUACGGUCCAUUACUCUACUUUCUGAAGAGCCCUCCGUCAAGAGCUGAAAAGCAGGCUUUGAUAAUGAAUGGGACGACACCCCCUGUCCAGUACGUGACCUACAACCAGAAUCACGGCUCCCAAUCGACAGAAAAUCUGACCAGAACAGGCGAGGAUUUGGGAAUUGGUGAGGAUGGAUAUUCCCCCGACGAUGGUCCGUAGACGUAGUUUGCAAGUUUGCCCGGAACACGAAAUAGGAUAGAAGAUAUCAGAGUAUAAAACAUAUGGACCCAUUUGUAGAGACGGAAGGAAACCGAUGUUAUGUAAAUAUACCAACAUGUUGUGGUGAUGAAUUUUUAUCAUCAGUAUGUCCUUAAUUUAGCUGUGAUGUUGUCUUAUAAGCCAUCUAAGAGCUGAACUUUCAUAGCACGAUGUUCAACAGCUCGAUGGCGUCAAUAUAUAAAAUUAGAGUAAGAUUGGCAGGCUUGAUUGCCAUUGAGGAGGGAAUUCGUGUUUAAUAGGCUACAUUAUAAAGCCAGAAAAAGUGUUGAUGUCGUCGUAAUAAAAAAAUAGUCGGAAUCAUAAUGUGCAAUAGAGAUGUAAAUGAACCUGUAAAUAAUUAUAAUAAGUGAAGAAUGUCUUCUCCCUUUAAGUCAGGAAAUCAAGAGAUUUUCAUAUUGUAAGGUGUUCGGAAUAUUUAUACAGGGACAUUGUAUGCAGACAAUACUCUCAUUGAAUUCGAGUCUGAAUUUUACCGAGAGGUACAUUUUUCAAUCAACAUCUUCUGAUUAACACAUGCGCAGUGUAACCUUUUGUGAUAAGUUUGCAGUAGUGUAUUUUCCCAAGAUAAAUGACCGAGAUGUCUUAUUAGUACAAGAAGGGAGGGUUUGGGUUGGUGGGGUGGGGGUCAGUAACAACCUUAAACGAUAGAAUAUUUGUUAAAUGGUUAUAAAGCACAUGGGGUGAUUACGAACGAUGUUGUUCCCGAUGUUAAUGCAGAGAAUAUCGAAAGAAUGAUACACUUUGAAAACUGCCUGUUUGUAAUAUCAUGGGACUUUGAAAACAAUUACACAAUACAAGUCGAGUUAAUUAUGGCAUGCUUAUCCGAUGUAAACCCAGACCCGGAUGCGAAAGUAAUUUUGCACUGCCCUUCUCAUAGAUGGCUCAGUGUUGCUUUCUUGAGUCGCAUGUACGAUUUCUUAGCAGAAACUAGGCAACGGGUUUCUUAACCGAAAUUUACCAACAAAUAGAUUUGGGUGUCCCAAAGUAAACAAAAGACUUUCAAUUUUCAAAGUGUGUAUUCUUUUUCGUUACACUCUCAAGUGCUCAUACGUUCAUACUAUAUUUUGAUGAUAGCAGAAACUUAUUUAAUAAUUCUAGCAUGAUUUAUUUCGAUAUUGCCCAUGUCACAAGACAAUGAUAGUUCAGAUGCUGGAAAUUUGAAGAGCGCAUUUUAGACACGUCUAAGACACCAGUAUGACAAUCAAUUUGAAAUAAAGUCCAGCCCAGCCUGAGCGAACAGUUGAGUAGUCUGGCCUCGCGGGAAAAGAAUACUUAACGAUUGGAGUUCGAUUGGAGUUGACUCACUAAUUAGAAUGCAGUGAUGACAACCACCCGUAAAGUUUUGCUAGCAAAUUAUCGACGUAAAUUUUAAUUCAGACUGUAAAGUUUAAG